AUGACGCACAACGCUACCAUUCAUGACUUACCCGAUGACGUUUUGCUCCUCAUCUUUAAAGCCGUAUAUUCAAUGUCACGCAAGUAUCCCGGAAGGGAUAAUCGAUCAGUCUCGAUUUUUGAAGCCGACAAGGACGACGUGAUAUGGCAAGACGAGGCUGUGACCUCACCCUCCAAUUUAUUCCCCGAUUCACUUGUUCCAGUGUCCCGGUUGUGGAAAGAUACUCUUUCUUCCGUCUCCGACUUUUGGACUCGUCUGACCAUCUUCGUCGACCGGCGUCCCACUCCGCUAUCAGCAAUUAUUUCGCGGCUGGCUCUCUCAGGCGAGCGUGUCCUCGAGAUUACGCUGACUCGCAGACAGGGUUCGUGGUCAGGCACGGAUCUGUCGGAGCAAGCACGCGUGAAUGCGGCCAUUGCCCUCCUAUCGGUUCACAUGUCGCGCUGGAAGACCCUUCGCCUAGACGUCCUACACUCCAGUUCAGUCCUCAGACCUCAUGUCGCUAUGCACGGCGAUGCGGCUAACCUGGUCGAUCUUCGCCUCCACUCACGUUUGAAAGAUGCACCGUUACUGGCGUACUGGUCACCCCUAGUUAUCCAAGCCACGGAUGACUCGAUUGCAUGCCUACGACGCACAUCCUCGAGACCUAUCGCGGGCUCUAUAUCGAAACCAGACCACCGCUUACCGUCACUACGAAUCGACGUCACAUCAAUCAACAGCUUCGCGCUCCCCGGAUGUCAGAGCUGCAGCUGGACGGCGUCAUCUUUUUUGCUUCGUAUUCUCACGCGCCAGUCACGUGGAUGUCCGUCAGGAAACUGA